AUGGGACUUAAGAAACAACGUGCUAAAGGAUUGCAUGUCAGUUUAAAGAAGAAUACAACAAAGGAUGUGCUUUUGAAGGUCUCGACUGACAAGCAUGUGGCGCACUCACAGGACUUGAUAAAACCAGGUUACAACUACCAUAUACUAUACCCGGACGGAACAAUUGUGGACAAACUCAAGGAAAGUGAUGAAGAAUUUGUAUUACAUAAAUACAAGUCUGAGUGUGGUAAGCCAUAUGAUAGAAUAUCAUUCUUCUUAUGUCCCACUAUGGAUUAUACUCGAGCGGCCGUGCAACGUUGUUUAAAGAGCGACUCUGACAUUUCAUUGCCAGGUGAUAUUGAAUCAAAUGAUGACAGUAUAGAUGUCAUCAAUUCCAAUACAACGGAAGUAAUUUCUUCUGGUGAAAAACAAUAUAAACGUCCCGGUGCACAGCCCGUGAUUUCUAAUUAUUUGGUAAAUGUUGAUGCUGGUCAACAUCCAUUAGCGACUAGUUCAAAUGCUAAGGUCAGUGUUGUUUGUGCCGAUGUUCAUGCCAGCACACUUUCAUCAGGUCCUUGUUCCACUAAAAGUGCUCCUACGCACAAUGUAGUUGUUGUGGUUGAUCCGGAUGCUGCUGUUCCUGAAUCAAGGAAAUCUCCCGUUGAAAUAACCAGUGUUGUCAGUGAGAACAUUGAUCAACUACCAUGUUAUUCUGGUGAUUUUUCUGCAGCUAUUCUUCGUGAUAGUCAAGAUACGCAAUUCACUACACUCAUGGAGAUGUUUCCACAACUUGAUGAAGUCAUGAUCCAUGAAGCUUUACUUCAAGCUAACUUUGAUAUUGAGAUAGCAGUGGCAAGAAUUCUUUCUUGUUCACCGUCCAGUAGUACACCUCAACAAGUGUAUGCAGCUCUUGAUUUUUGCAAUGCAUUUGACAAUGAUGAAGAGCAAGACGAACGCACACACUCUGACGUUAACUUAGAAUUAGUGAGAAACGAAAGUGGAUUAGAAGCAGUCAGUGACUUACAAAAAGACUCAGAUAAUACUCCCUUAUAUACCAUCCUCAAAUGUUUUUCUGCUGGUAAGUUUGACCCAGAAUGCCCUUUACGAAUCAAGAUUCGUCGAAGCCAUCUUUGGCACGAUACAAUUUUCAAGCUGAAAAGGUGUGCCGAAAAUGAUCUCAACAAACUGAUUAAAGUACAGUUUAUUGGGGAGCCCGCUGUCGACCAAGGGGGCCCAAGAAAAGAAUUUUUUCCCCUGCUACAUAGAGGAGUAUCUGCAUCUUCCCUCUUUGUUGGAGAACCAGAAAGUAAGUGUUUUAACCAUAAUAUAAUCGCACUGGAGCAGAAAGAAUACCUUCUUUAUGGCCACUUAUGUGCACUUGGCAUUCUUCAAGAUUCACCAUCACCGUGUUUUUUCUCCUCAUCUGUUGCUGAUUAUAUUGUGUAUGGAAAGCUUGACAAAGUAUCUACAUGCGUUAAAGAUGUACCAAAUGCCAAGGCCAGAAAGAAGCUUGAAGAGCUACAGGGAAUUUCUGAUCCAGAUCAGUUCAAGAAAGUGGCCUCGUUUGAUUGCUCGCUUCGAUUUAAAGCCGGAUAUGCCAAGCCUAUCGUCACAAUGGAGGAUAAGGAUGACCUUAUUCGCUGCAUUUCACUGCAUUAUUUGUUGCUUUCCGGUCUUGUUGAGCUGGAGCAAUUCAUAGAGGGAUUGAAAUUAAGUGGUAUGCUUGAUGUUAUCCGUCAGCAUCCAAAGAAAGCACGUCAUUUGUUCAUGCCAAGUUCAGAAAAUCGUGUCACUGCUGAAAAGUUGGAUGCUUUAUUCGACUGCAUUUUUUCACCUGAAGGAAGCAACAAAAGAGCACAAGAAGAAGCUGUUGCAUUAAAUUUUUCCCUUUAUCUGGAUGCUGUAGAGGCAAAUGAAGCAAAGAGUAACUUACUAGAUUUGACGACUGGUGAGGAAACCGAGAUAACUUUAUCUCUAUCUGAUGUUUUGCAAUUCAUUACUGGCAGUUUUACUGUUCCUGCGACAGGAUUCAACGAAAAGCCAUCGAUUGAAUUUGAGCACGGUGAUCCUCAUCGAAAGUUGCAUGCCAACACUUGCUCAAAUACCAUAACUUUCCCUGUGAACAGCACCUUGAUGGAGUUUGAGUCAUUCAAGAAUGAAUUUACUUCCUGCUUGGUUAUGUCUCCAGGAUUUGGCACCAUAUGA